UUUGGUUGCUGUUAUGCUUCCACUCCUUUUUUUAUCUAAGACGGCAACGUAAACCAGAGAGUCAGAUACACCGGACAGAGGGAGAUCAAGAACUCUCUCGACUCGUUUUCCUCAGAUCUAAACGACGUCGUCUCAGAUUCACUAAUUCCACAAUGUCUUCUACUUUCAGCGGCGAUGAGACGGCGCCCUUCUUCGGCUUCCUCGGCGCCGCUGCUGCUCUCGUCUUCUCUUGUAUGGGAGCUGCAUAUGGAACAGCUAAGAGUGGUGUAGGUGUGGCAUCAAUGGGUGUAAUGAGGCCUGAGUUGGUGAUGAAAUCUAUUGUACCAGUUGUUAUGGCUGGUGUUUUGGGUAUUUAUGGGCUGAUUAUUGCUGUUAUUAUUAGUACUGGGAUCAAUCCUAAGGCCAAAUCAUAUUACCUUUUCGAUGGUUACGCCCAUCUUUCCUCUGGUCUUGCUUGUGGCCUUGCUGGUCUUUCUGCUGGAAUGGCAAUUGGAAUUGUUGGUGAUGCUGGUGUCAGAGCUAAUGCACAGCAGCCCAAACUUUUUGUUGGAAUGAUCCUUAUCCUCAUCUUUGCUGAAGCUUUGGCUCUUUAUGGCCUUAUCAUCGGCAUCAUCUUGUCUUCUCGAGCUGGCCAAUCCAGAGCAGAAUAAGAUGCUCACAGAGCUGCUUAGUAUUCUUGCAUUGCUUAUUGGUAUCAAUGUACGGGAAAGAGUAUUGAUUAUGCUCAGGUUAAUUCUGAUCAGACAGCAAAUGCAGGGUUCACGUUAAUAUUUCUUGAAAGCAACCACUUGAGCAGUCAUUUGGUGGUUGCUCUUUCCUCCUUGUAGAAGUAGAAUUGAGUUUCUCUUAAUAAUAAAAUGUCAUGAAGCUUUUCCCUGUUUGAUUUUUGUCAAUGUAUCUUGCAGAAGUUGAAACUAUUAAUGGAAGUUGAAUUUUGGAGA